CAGUCGUUUACUGCUGUUUUGAUAUGCCGUAAAUUCUGGAUAGGGUAUCAAACAUGUAGUGUUCGUUUUAUGUUUCAUUUAAGUUACAAUCUGGAGAAUUUUCUUUUGUUUUGGUCAUUUAAUUUUCCUCCUUUUCAUAGAAAUGAAUCGAAGCCAAUCAACAAAUUGUGAUUUUGCUUCCAAAUAUGGUUUGCAACACAAUGUAUCUGAUGCAAGUUUACCUCCUAAAUUAGAAGAUAUUAAAAAACAGCUUAAAGAAGAGAUACGCAAGGAACUGAAAAUUAAAGAAGGAGCUGAAAAUCUGAGGAAAGCUACAACUGAUAAAAAAUCAUUAUCUAAUAUUAAUUCUAUUGUCAAGAAAGCCAACAGUAAAUUACAUGAGCUUCAACAAGAAUUGCAGGACUUGAAUGCAUAUAUGUUAGUUUUUCAAGGUCAGAGUGGAGACAUUAAUUUUACAGAAAGUUGCGUGAUUUCUCCAGACAAAUAUGUACAAGAACAAGUUGAAAUUCCUUUAUCUGCAUCAGGACAGCGACUUAAAUCUCUUGAAAAACAGCUAAAUAUAGAAAUGAAGGUUAAAAAUGGAGCUGAAAAUAUGCUUCAGAUGUACAGCUCUGGUUCUUCUAAAGACAAAAAAUUAUCUGCUGAAGCUCAACAAAUGUUAGCAGAUUCUAAAGCAAAAAUUGAGUAUAUUCGGAUGAUGAUUAAUAAAGUGAAACAUGACAAAGAAAAUAAUGUUGAUGGAACUCCAGCUGGGAAUGAAGGUGCAGCAAAACUGCCUGAAAUUAUGUCACCUUUAGAGCUGCGAAUAGAAGAAUUGCGGCAUCGACUAAAAGUUGAAUGUGCUGUUGUUGAAGGUGCUAAGAAUGUGAUUCGUUUACUACAAAGCUCAAAGAUCACUGACCGAAAAGCUCUACAAGAGGCACAGAAUAAUUUGUCUGAGUCAAGCCAGAAAUUAGACUUAAUUCGUCGUUCAAUGGAAAUAAGAAAGCUGGAAUUGCCACCAGAAUCACCAAAAUUAGAGGUGUUAAAAAGUGAAUUAGAAAGUAGUCAAGCAACCAGUCCUGUAUUAUAUCCGUCCACUAUUCACCCCCAUGGUACCCGAGAUACGUCUAUGCAGCUGUACAGUACUUCGCUCUCUAAACCAGCAACUGUAACUGGUAAACUUGAAGUCAGACUUAUGGGUUGUCAAGAUUUAUUAGAAGAUGUUCCUGGUCGUAUACCUAGAAGGGAUCAAGGCCCUCAUUCUAGCCCUGCAGAUUUGCGAAGUUUUGUUCGUGCAACAGGAAAGGGUUUAACAGGGCGAGGAUCCUCAAAAUCAUAUAGUAUAAAGGAAGAAACAUCUAAUGAUAUAAUGGCUGUUCUAAAACUUGAUAAUUGUACAGUUGCUCAAACUACGUGGAAACCAUGCAGCCAGCAGGCAUGGGAUCAGCGAUUCAGCAUUGAUUUGGACAGGUCUCGGGAAUUAGAAAUACAAGUUUAUUGGAGAGAUUGGCGAUCAAUGUGUGCAGUGAAAUUCCUCAGGUUGGAAGAAUUUAUUGAUGACAACCGCCAUGGCAUAGCUCUUCAUCUGGAACCUCAAGGGCUUUUAUUUGCUGAAGUCAAAUUCUUAAACCCUAUGAUAUCAAGAAGACCUAAGCUUCAACGACAGAGAAAACUCUUUAAGCAUAAAGGUAAAAAUUUCUUGAGGCCAGGGCAGAUGAAUAUUAAUGUGGCUACUUGGGGUCGUUUAAUGAAAAGAGCCAUGCCUCAGGCUUGUUCUGAGCAACCCUCAACAAUAAGUCCUCCAACUUGUCUAAUGACACCAGCUUCAAAUAAAACCCGUCCAUUAGAUAGUAUAGUAACUAAAUUGGAUUUUGAAGCAAAUCUCUCAGAAGAUCAAACAGACAAGACUGGAGAUCGUAGACUUUCAACUGAUCAAGGAUCAGCUAUUUUGGAGUUAGAUAUCAAAACUGCAUUGGGUGAAUUUGACUUCUUAGGACCCGACAAUGAUUUUGAACGAUACACCCACAAUUCUCACAUAAAAGAAUGCCUAUCUGAAAGUGAUUUAAUUGUAAACAACAGGAUUCGUCAUUCUCCCACUCCAGAACCCUUGGUAGAAAUGCCAGAAGAACCAGAACAAGUAAUUACAAGGCUUCCUCCCAUACUUCAUGAAGCAGAAAGUGUGAAAGUUGGGCUAUCAUUAGAAAACUUCAAAUUUAUUAGUCUUUUGGGUAGAGGCCAUUUUGGAAAGGUUAUCCUUAGCAAGUUCAAAAACACUGAUGAAUAUUUUGCUAUAAAAGCAUUAAAGAAAGGUGAUAUCAUUGCAAGAGAAGAAAUUGAAAGUUUAAUGGCUGAGCGAAGAAUUUUUAAGAUUGCCAAUUCUGUUCGUCAUCCAUUUUUAGUGAAUCUCUUUGCUUGUUUCCAAACACCAACUCAUGUUUGUUUUGUAAUGGAAUAUGCUUGUGGAGGCGAUUUAAUGAUGCACAUUCACACAGAUAUAUUUCCAGAGCCUCGGGCUGUAUUUUAUGCUGCUUGUGUUGUGUUAGGUUUACAAUUCUUACAUGAAAACAAAAUUAUUUAUAGGGAUCUGAAGUUAGAUAAUCUUCUGUUGGAUGCAGAAGGUUAUGUCAAAAUUGCAGAUUUUGGUCUAUGUAAGGAAGGAAUGGGUUAUGGAGAUAGAACUGGAACUUUCUGUGGUACACCAGAAUUUUUAGCACCUGAAGUGCUAACAGAAACAUCUUAUACUAGAGCUGUAGAUUGGUGGGGCUUGGGGGUUCUUAUUUAUGAAAUGAUGGUUGGUGAGUCUCCUUUCCCUGGUGAUGAUGAAGAGGAAGUAUUUGACAGCAUAGUGAAUGAUGAAGUUCGAUAUCCUACAUUUUUAUCUCUCGAGUCUAUUGCAAUCAUGCGAAGGCUUUUGAGAAAAAACCCAGAACGACGUCUAGGUGCAAGUGAGAGAGAUGCUGAAGAUGUAAAGAAGCAGGCAUUCUUUAGGAAUAUUCAUUGGGAUGACCUAUUAAUGAGGAAGAUAAAACCUCCUUUUGUUCCCACUGUGAAAAGUGCUGAGGAUGUCAGCAAUUUCGAUGAAGAAUUCACAUCUGAACGACCCAUCCUCACACCUCCAAAAGAUCCUCGCCCUCUCACGAAAGAUGACCAAAUGGCUUUCCGUGAUUUUGAAUACAUGGCUGAUUGGUGCUGAUUUUAGGGUUGGCUCACUUUGUAUCAUUACAGCACUCACUCACUCAAUUAUUUUUGCCUUGUAUAUGUACGUACUCCGUCCUCAAAUAUUGAGGGCAGUGAAUCUAGGAAUUCCCGGUGCUGCGGAGAACCAGCAGCUACAAGUGUUCAGCUCAGGCUAUUACCCCUUCAAAAGAUGCAAUUCUGUGCUGAAUUCCAAGUAUCAUUGCCUUAUGUUAUGUGUCUAGCCCAUACUGAUGUGUCAAGCUGUGAAGGAAUCUUGUGAUAUCACUAAGCCUUGAUAUCAUACAAAGCUGAGACUGUGCCAAAAGCCAUAGAAGUUAAUGCCUUCUAGCUUUGCUGUAUGUGUUAGUCUUAUGUGUGUGCCUAACUGAAACCUCUCAUCUGCAUUUUUUUAUAUAAUUUUAUACUAGGUAUAAUGUUAAAGCGCUCUAUGACACAACAGUUAUCUAUUUUUUGGAAAAAAAGGAAGUCUGUUUAUUUGUGUAAUGUGCUCAAUUCUGUAUUUGGGCUUAUAUUGAAAAAUAUCCUCUGGAGUGAAAUACAAAAAUAGUCUAAAAUUUGUAAUUCUAUUAAAUGACUGAAAAUUCCGUCCUCAGUAACAUCUUGUCAUCAGAAGUAUGAAAUUGUUACUAUAUAUCUGUUGCAACCACUGAUCUCUAUUUUACUUAAAAAAGUGUUGUAUUCUUUUUUCGAAAUGCUAUUUACAUUACAUUGUAACAAAUACAAAUGUAUAUAGUAGCUACAAGAACUUUGUAGAUGUGUGUCCUGUAUGUCUAUGUAUCUGAUUUUAUUUUUAAAUAAUCUGGUCUUUACAUAAAUUAUUGUUCUACAAAUGUAAAUUUAUGGUUUAUUUCUGUUAUGGUUUUAUAUUCUUUCAAUUGUUUUGAUUUUAAGAGAAUUCUAAAAUUAAAUAUCCCAGAAAAACUGUUCUGUGAUUUUUAAAUUUUAAAAAUACAUAGGAAUUCAUUUUAUAGAAAUUGGAUCAUUUUAGCAGUCUGUUGCAAUAAUUUUUGGUAUUUACUAAAGUACUAUUUUAAAUUGAAUAAUUUAAAUUAUACUUUUAUGU